AUGACGUUACUUUCGACCGGGAGCUAUUCCACGGACUGGGCUGGAAACGUCAUCCGAAGGGAGGAAGGAAUCGCUGCCUACGAAGAACUGCAGAAAAAAACGAAACGCCGGCGCUCUGCUCGGUGCUGGAAAAAUGUCGACUGGUGGCGUGGUCGCGCGGAGACGACCGACGUGUUGAGGAUCUGGCUGAUCUUGGGUGAAAUGGAGACCUUGUUUAAGAUCUCCCGAUACGCUCUGGAGACAGUAAAGAGACUGUGGUCCUGGAAUGACUAUUAUGACCAGUGCGGACUAAAGCAGCUGAUGGGACGAACGGUGGACUUCUAUGUUGCAAUGAACGUGCUCUAUGCACGCCAGAAUGGUGCGCAGAGGCCUGAAAAAGAGCUCGGAAAAUACCGAACUGGCUGGCUCUUUGGUGAACCUAGCGGGCCCCUGUCGACCGCAGAAUUGCCUCCCGCCAAAUAG